UGCAUGGAACUCCGUGUCAGUCUAGUGAGAACCGGCGACAUGGAAGGACGAUCCUUUCUUCGCGGUGAAAGCCAUCCAAACCUCAGUGAUGAUGGCGAGUGUUUCACGUUGGACGCAGUCUUGAAUAAAGCUCUGUCAGAGAAUCCAGAACUAGGCGAGCGUGAAGCACUGCAUCACAACGGGAUGGUCAUCACCUUUGCCGAGUUGAACAGAAAAGCAACGCAGUUGGCUGAGCGGUUAGCGCGAGCUGUUGAAUCACUACCCCCACCAGAAGGUGACAAGAUCGUGGCGGUCAACCUGUUUCCUGAUAUCGAGCUAAUUGUUAGCUUGCUGGCCAUUUUCAAAAUUGGCGCCGCUUAUUUGCCACUCGAUCCAACAUUCCCAGCUGAUAGAGUCUCACACAUCCUUCAAGAUGCCCAACCUAUUUUACUACUCACCACCGGAUCCAUCCUGCAAGCCACGGCAUUUGCAUCCGUCGUUGUUGAGCUCAACGUGACAGUCUUUGAUCUCGAAAACAAAAAGGGCAGUGAAGCGUCCAGCACUUUCAACGAAGAGACAAAGGGAAAUGAAACUGCUCCACGUGUACGAAAUGUUUUGGCAGCUGUGCUUUACACUUCGGGAUCGACGGGAGUUCCCAAAGGCGUCCGUCUGGAGCACUCAACAAUACUCCACCGACUCAAUUGGCAAUGGCGCACUUUUCCUUUCCAUUCCACAGAGGUGGGCUGUUUCAAAACGGCUCUUACUUUCGUUGACUCCAUGGCUGAGAUUUGGGCACCCUUAUUGAUCGGGCAACCCGUUGAGGUCGUGUCCAAGCCCGUCAUUCAGGACGCACAGCGUUUCAUCGAUCUCUUGGAUCGAUCCAAAAUAACACGCCUCGUCUUAGUCCCAUCUCUUCUCAAAGCGAUGCUAACCCUUUUGAAAUCUCGUGUCCAAAUGACGGACGCAUCUUUGCCACUUGCCGACGAUGAACAUUAUCCUCUUCAGCAUCUCAAGAUGUGGGUUUGUUCAGGAGAGAUCCUCACUGGCGAGCUACUUCUUGAAUUCUACGAUUGUUUUCCUUCCGGGACAGUUAUUUCCAACUAUUACGGCAGCACUGAAUUAAUGGGUGACGUUACCUACGCGACUUUCAGAUCGCGAGAAGAUGUGCUUGCUUCCUUCAUUGAUGAUAAGAUUCCUAUUGGUAAACCCAUGGAUAACUGUGCCAUAUACCUGUUAGACUCGUCAAAAGAGCUCGUGAAUGAAGGUGAGAUUGGAGAGCUCUACGUUGCUGGAAGUCACCUGUGUUCGGGUUACGUGAGAAACCGAGAAAUGGAACGUUUCUUGAAAAAUCACGUUGACAACACACCAGGUUAUGGCGUCAUGUUUCGAACGGGCGAUUACGGUAGGAUCAUCAACGGCCAACUUUACUAUUUCGGUCGUGCUGAUUCGCAAGUCAAAAUUCGAGGCCAUCGCGUUGAUCUGAGUGAAAUCAACGCUGCCAUCGAAUGGAACAAAUUAGUCUCAGCAUGCGUCGUCCUUAGUUACAAAGCCGGUGAACCUGAGCAGGAAAUCGUGGCUUUCAUAAUACCUGUGCAGAAAGAAACCACUGUUGAAAUAAUCAAAGAGCGGAUGAAGGAUAAGCUCUUAUCUUACAUGAUGCCAAAGUUCGUGGUGAUUGACGAGCUACCGUUACUCGUCAACGGUAAAGUUGAUCGUCAGAAACUCAUGCAAAUCUACGCUGAUCAACUCCACCAACAAAAGGGCACAACAAAUUAUUCAACGAUAUGGGACAGCAAUGAAUUCAGUCGUGAAGAACGAGCCCUUUUAAAGACAAUCCAUUCGAUAAUCGGCACUUCAUCUGGUAAACUUGUUCAACUUUCGGACAAUUUUUUUGAAAUUGGAGGCAAUUCCCUCAAUGCUGUCAAUGUGGUCACCAAGCUAAAAGAUCAAGGCUUUCACAUAGAUUUAACCGAAUUCCUAGGAGCCUCCCAACUACGAGAUCUAGUUCCAGAACUUUUGCCCGCAAAGCCGGGAUCAAAGACGCACACAUGUCCUCAACUUUACGAUCACGUAGUAGAAAUGCUUGAUGCAUCAGUAAAGGAAGACGUCAUUAGGAUUAUUAGCCAUAGCUUCUCGGAGAAAGCAGAGCUUGAACUGUUGACUGGCGUCACUCGCGAGGAUUACGAAAUCUUCAUGGAAGAGCUCUGGGAGCCGUUGGUGGCAGCUGAGUUGAGCUUUGUCCUCAAGGAUGAGAGUGGAAACGUCGGCGCCGUGGCACUAAAUUUCGAUCUUUUUGAUGAGCCAGUGGUUGAACCAAAAGCCCGCCGUUUGGCAUACGUCUUUGAAUUUCUCGAGUCGAUUGAGGCUCCUGUCAGAGAGAAACACUUUGAAAAGCGAAACAACUUAUUGAUCCAUAGUUUUAUGAUGGCAACGGCAGAGACAUUCAGUGCACUAGAAAAUGUCAAACUCAUUCAGAAAACGGAAGAAGAAAUUCUGGCACUGGCCAAACGGAAAGGCUUCGUGGGUGUUUUCACAACCAACACUAACGAACUCACGAGGCAAAUCUGCGACGAUCUCCUGGACUAUACCGUCCUGUUCGAAUGCCAAGUGAAUCAGUUCGUCGCAUCUGAUGGAACAAGACCCUUCUUGCACGCUCCUGAUACCCAGUAUUCAACUGUUACAGUUAAAUACAUCCAUUAAACUUUCCAGUGAA